AUGCCUCGGGGGUCGAGUUUCUCAGAGAACCCCUUGCUCAGGGUUUCCCGGCCAGUAUCUGCAUGUUCGAGAUGCCGCGGCGCAAAAGUCAAGAAGUGCGACGGGAAGCUUCCCGCCUGCACGGCGUGCGAGAAGGCUGGGCGUGAGAGCGAGUGCUCGGCUGCAAAUGACCAAUUUGCUAGGGGCAAAGAACGAAGCUAUGUAGCAGCGCUCGAGUUACGGAUAGAGAAGCUUGAGAGGCGCUUGACCUAUGCGCGGUCCAGGAAGGCUUCGGUCGCGAUGCAUGACUCUGACGCGGCUCCCUCUGUUGAUCCUAGCCGCAAGGAUUCGCUGGCCGUUAUCCGAGCCGCCAUUCACCGCAAAGCGGCCCGGAAGCGAGAGAACUCCGACGUCAACUCAUUGGUCUCCGACUUUGGGUACCUCUCGAUCAAUGCCACCACGCGGGACUUCGAGCCGUCAGUCACAAAUAUGACAUUUGCCCGCCUGGUGUUGGCCGCCUCGACAAACGUUGCAGUGCCGCCACCUACGGAUAACACGCUUCCACCGAAGGCGACUGCCGCCUCUCUUGUGCAAUUUUAUUUGACGAACAUCUUUCCACUAUAUCCCGCUUUCCCGGAGACCUCUUUGCUGUCUCUGGUCGACGAUAUAUACCAAGAAGACACACGACCCAUCAGGAGCUCCGAGUACUGGCUUCUAUUCAUGGUCCUUGCUAUAGGGUCCACAGCACAAAGCCAAACUGUUGAGGACGAGCACUAUUUGAACGGCCUCGACUUCGUAGCGCGUGCUCUACCUCAUGCUGACCGUGCGCUUAUGCCUGGUUAUACCACACAGCUCCAGGCACUGCUACUUCUCACUCAGUACUCGAUGCUCGACCCUGCUCACUUUGACAGUUGGCACCUGAUUGGUUUCACCUGCCGCGCUGUAAUCGAUCUCGGCUUCCACCAAGACCCGCCACAUACGCAACCGUCCGACAAGGCGGUAUUGGAAGCAAGGCGCAAAACAUUUUAUUGUGUUUAUGCCCUGGACAGAGCAAUAAGCAUGGUCCAUGCCAGGGCCUUUUCCUUCGUUGACGACGCCCUAUCGGUAGCACUUCCGUCCGCCACUCGCGCGGGACGCUCGCCCUUAGUCAACUCCAUAUCCUCACCAACGUCUACCGAUCCAUCUACAUUUCUCUUUAAGCUCCGCCGUUUGCAGUCGACGUGGUACCAGGAGCUAUUCCAGUGUGAUCCUACUGAUCCGCUGCACGACGCUGCUUCCUUCAUCUGGCAAAUGUGUCUCGAGAUGCGCGAAUGGUCUGAAGCACUGCCAGACAGCCUUCCCGUCGGCAUACGAGAGAUGUUCGACCUCGAAUUGAGAUACAGCUAUGUUUAUUGCAUCGCUCCAAGCGCAAGGGCUCCCCACAUAACCCCGUAUGGAAGGGUGUUAAUCUUUGAGCACGCCAUUGCAUAUAUUGACCGAAUAUUCGAAGUCGCCAACGCUCAGACUAACAUUGCGUUCUACACUUACCACGACGCACUGCGGGUAUAUUUUAUGGGCUCCCAGUUCGUCGCCGUGAUUCGUGAUGCGGCCGACACAUUAUUAUCCAGUUCGAGCGUCCCCCGUCCACUCCCAGUUCCAGGCAAGGCACCACCUCCACACCUUCCCGAAAGAUUCGAUCGUGCUACUAGUGGUGACAACUUGGACCGCAGCCUCCGAACCCUUGAGCGAGUCAUUCUCACCUUGAAGAAAUAUGGUGAAAGAUGGGGUUAUGCCCAGGCUCUCAUGUCCAGCUUCGAGAUGAUGUCAGCUGAAGUGACAGAAAAUCUCCGGUCCAGGAGAAGCUUGAAGGAGACCACAACGAGCCAGGGCGGACAAAUGCAAAGCCACCAGCCGCUCACAUCGCCGCAAUCUGGUUCCAUCAAACAGCGCACGCCUUUACCUCAGCAAAUGCCGCCGCCGCCGCCGCCGCCGCCGCCGCAAUUGCAAGAAGUGCAAUGGGUUGGGGUCGAUGUUGCGGAGAUUAUUCGAGAAAAUGGUCACGUGUAA